AACACGUCGAGCAAUCCUCAAGGCAAACAAGCAAGGACGCAAGGACGCGGCAAAGGCAGCCUCGUCGAUGGACGAUAAUCUUCACGGAGGCCUACUCAAGCUUCCGCCGGAGCUGCUGCUGACCAUCUGUGACUCGUUACCAUUGGCCUCGAUCUUGAUCUUUCGCCUCCAAGUCUGUCGGCGUUUACGAUAUCACGAUCAACUCGGGCCUCUGCGUCUGCCCCCUUCCCUGUCAUUUGCACAAUGGCAGCAGGCGAGCGAAGCGCUGAAAGAGCUAGGCCUCGCCAAGCAAGAUGAUGAUGCGGAUGAAGACCUCGACGAUGGGGAGCAUAACCGCAACAUCCAUGCCUCCUACCCUCGGCCACUCCCCAAGCUCCCAGACGUGCCUCAACUCCGGCCUCUCAAGUCACCACCGCAUGCCAAAGGCCAAGAAGGAGGUGUCGCUGUAGGCUGGAACGGGGCAUCCAACCUAGCACCAAAAGCGUACAAGCUUGAGGUGGCCCUUGGCGUUCUCCUCGCGACAGGUCCAGCGUAUGAGGUCCGCCUCUUCCGCCGGGUGCUCGCCUUCCUCGGUCUCUUGCCUCCUGAAAGGGCAAUACCACCAAAAGGCGCGCUCAAGGCCCCGGAUAGACGAAGACCGAUGCGCUUGCCAGUCGCGCUUGAAGAGCGGCUGCAGCCUACUUGGGUUCGCUCUGCAGGGGGUGAGGUGAGGAGGGAAGCAGAAGAGGAGGAGGAGCCUCGAUUGCUUAAGACGCUCUGCGCUGUCAGCUGGAGCGGGAUCAGUGGACAGUCUCUCGUGCAAAUGCUGAGGACUGAGCCGGCCUUUGCGGGUGUGGAGCUGAUUGUCAAGACGGAGAGAUUUGAUGAAGACUCAUGGAAGACGCUCAACGAUCCUGGUGCUACUCAUCUUGCUUCACAAUCUGCCAAGAUCCAGACGCACCUCAUAGAUGAAGGCGAGUACUCAGCAGGUCGCAUAGCGUCCGUGCUGCCGGCGUCCUCGUCGUCCUCCCCCUUGACACCUUCAGCGUACGUAGAGACGCAAGUAGUCGUCAACGUGGGGUCCAAAGCGACAGAAGAGCAGGCGCGCCACAUCAAGGGGCAAGGCCUCUUCGCUGGUUACCGUGCAUUCUGCUUCAAUGCUCCAGCAGCGAGGCAGGGAGAGGCUUCACCACCGGAGAAGGCGCCUCCGCCGCUGCCGUCUGAGCAGAGCAACCCUCAAAGCAGUGGCGAAGAUGACGAGGAAGGCAAUAGGCCGAGCUCCUUACUUCGAAGCGGAGGAGGGCCAGCCCCGUGUCCCUCUGAUCAGCCUGUCACUCCCUCUGUCUCCAGGGCAAGGCCACUUCACGUUGUCUUCGUUGGCCGCUUCCGCCUCGAUGAGGCACUAGAGACCGAAGAGAUGCUGUUCCUCAGCGCUAUGCGGUGUAGUGCUUGCCAAUCAGGGCUCGCGAUGUAGCUGAGCAUGGCAAUGUAGAGAUGGAGGGGGAAAGGAAUGUGUCAUUGUGUCUGUGUUGUGUGUACGAUAUACAGUAAUGCUGUGCGGACAAAGCAAAUCGAAUCGAGAAAAGUCAAUCCCAGGCUACGGAAGGGUCACUUCACAAUGCUAUCUGGCUCAAGUAGCGUCAGCACUCAAGCCAUCCCCCUUCCUCCACCAGUGAGCACAAGCUUCGCCUUGCGCUG